CGACGGAUUGCCGCUAGAGCAGCCACGCCUCGUGGAGCGAAUCAGGCUGCUAUGCAUGGGCAAAUCAGAGGAGAACUCGGAGUCGUGAGGUAUCUAGCUGUAGGUAAUUUUCGACGGCCCUCCCACUUCCCAUGGGCCAGCCGCUCUGAUUUGCGAGGCGGUUGGGGGGAUUUUCCCACUGCCGCACUAGAUAGAUAGUAGAGAUGGGGCCAGCUGCACAGGCAUGGAUGCCGCCUGCAGUCCCGACUGGCCGUUUGAAUGGGACUCCUCGAACCCGACCUUGGGUGGGAUCACCCUCAGUUUCAGACCCAGGGUUGGUAGCUGGCCAUACCACCGCCAGAGACCGACCGAGACCCUGCUCUGCUCUACCGGUGGGUGGGACCAAACCGGUUGCCAGCGGAAUUUGGGGGAGGGGGGAGGGGAGAAUUCUAUUGAAGGCGUCGCUUUUAUACUCACUCACAUCCAUCCAUCCAUCCAUCCAUACGUACAGGUAUCGAUGGAUCUGCCAACCCAGUCUCGCUGUUGCCUCUUCGGGCAAGAACCCCAACUGUCAACAGCGGCGUCGGGAUCGCUGGGAAUCGGGGAGAACACAGACCUCCUCGCCCAAGCUCUGCGCGCGGAGCUAAAAGAGGGCCCCUGGCUCUCUAUUGGAGGGGGGGGCCGCAGUCAAACAUUAUCGGCUGCAGGAAGGGGAGGUGGCCUAUGGGGGACUCGGAGUGUCGGACUAGUGCCUGUUUUCUCGGUCGAUCAAAUUUACGGAGAGCUCUGGGGAGGGGGGAUGAGAUGAUGCCUUCAGGGAGGAGUCGGUCGGGGGACCGCAAGAGAGAGAGAGAGAGAGAGAAUAAGAGAGAGAGAGAGAGAUGAUGUCUGGAAGUGAACCUAAAGAGAGGAGGAGUUGGGGAUGGACAUCGUUGGACCCACGGAACACCCAGAUCCAGAUCGAUGGCCGGCUCGUUGGAA